AUGCCCCAACAACCUAACAGCUUCCAAAAAGCCCUCGCGGACUACAAGCGCGUGCAAGAAGACGGAACGAUAUCACCACCACCACCAACCACAACCACAACCACAAGCACAACCAUAACCACACCACCUCUACCACCUCUAGCCCCUCUACCACUAACAGCACCACCAGCACCACCAACUUCAAGAACAACAAGAGCACCAAGAGCACCAAAGACAGCAAAGACAACAACAGCAACCCCAGGACGAAGCUCAAGACCAAGCUCAAGACAAACCACAAGACAAACCUCAACCUCCAAACCCCCAACUACAGCACGAACCAUAAGAUCAACUUCCAAAACAGCAAGUAAAAAAAGAGCAAAAACAGCGAGAACCAAAGAUGCUGGACAAGAUGGACAAGAUCAAAGCACUUUAGAAUCAUCAUCAUCCGAAUCCGAAUCCGAGUCUGAAUUCGAAGACUUAGACUCAGAAUCUGAACAAUUAAACUCUUCACGACUAAAGUCGGAUAAAACGAAGAGAUAUCCUGUUUUUGCUUCUGCUUCUGCUUCUGCUUCUGCUUCUGCUUCUACUUCUGCUAGACAUCAACAUCCUCUUCAUCGAGGACGAGGACAUGCACGAGGACGAGGACAUGCACUGGGACGAGGACAUGCAUCAGCAUCAGUACGAGGACGGGGACGAGGACAUGGUGAAAAAGAGGGUGAAAGGGAGGAGAUAAGAGGAGCUGGAUCAAGUGCUGCUAGUGGUGGUGAUAAUGGUGAUGAUGAUGCUGAUGGUGAUGAUGAUGCUGAUGCUGUUAGGAGACAAACAUCAACCAGAUCAAGCAGACCAAGCAGACCAACUACCACCCCACCCACACCACCCACCCACCCCUCCCCCCUCCCCCGCUACAUCGACGACGUCGUCGCGCGCCUCAACCUCGUGCGCCACCGCGCAGCCCAACCUCUCCACCAUAGCAGCGCCUUCCUCGCGCGCGUCUACGACCGAUUCCGUCUUUGGAUUCCCAUCUACCCUCUCACGCUCAUCGUCCGCCUCGGCGCGCGCAUCCUCUCUUCUAUCCUUCGUAUCGUCGGCGCGCUGCUGAGCGUCGUGCCGUACACGGGCUGGGUGCUGGUCGGGACGCUGGUAGCGCUCGGCGCGGUCGUAGGCGGCGGCGGGGCGGUGGGCGCGUGGGUGGUGUGUAAAGGGGGGCAGGUGGUGGAGGGGAGCGCGGUGUUCCAGGUGCCGCUGGCGGUGGCGGCCGCUGCAGCAGCAGCAGCAGCAGCAGCAGCAGCAGCAGCAGCACGCCCAGGCUCAGGCUCAGGCUCAGGCUCAGGCUCAGGCUCAAGACCAGCAGCAGCACGCCUACGCCCACGACCACGCCCACAUCCACCACGACAUCGACGUCCUCUUCCAAUCCAACCAAGAGUGGCUCUCCAUCCUGCACCAGAGCGACUGCGUCAGCACCACGCUCGCCCACCUCAGCGACAUCGCCCAGCGCUGGAAGGCCGCCCACCGCACCCUCUUCACCCUCGGCCCGAGCGAGCCGCACGCGCCGCACAGCCACGCCGAGCUGCUCGCCCUCCUGCAGGCGCUCGUCCACAAGCAAGCCGCCGAGCUGGUAUACAUGCGCGCCAUCCCGAACCAGCUCGUGCUGAUGCUCAACAAGAUGCGCAGCAUCCUCCGGACCACGGCGCCGCAGCUAGCGGACCCGGCCCGCCCGGCGGACGAGAGCCGGCGCGGGCGGAAGGCGCUGCGGGAGUUCAUCGCUGA